UGAUUGAAUCUACUUUUUAUUUAAAGAUAACCAUCCAAAGAACAAUUAUAAUUUUACCUCUGACAGGAACACUAGGAAGUCAAGAUGAGUUCUCAAAAAUAUACAUUCAUAAUGUUUCAGUUUCUAUUUUUAGUUUUAUUUUUAAGUUUAUGCAAUGUUAAUGCCACUGUUAGACAUAGAGGAUGCAGCCAAAAUAAUAUAAAUAUUUACAAUUUCAUUUCUCCUGAUGAAACCUGCGCUGAAAUAACCUGUUCCUACGGAGUUUCUGUUAGAAAAUGUAAAAUGCCUACACUACGACCAGGAUGUUUUGUAGGAUCGACCAAACAAGAGAGACAGCAGAAAAAUUUUCCCGAAUGUUGUCCAGUAGUUUUUUGUGGUGGUGUGAUUUUUCCGAAUCAAUUUGUAACAACAAAAUUCUGAUAAUUCUGCGAACAAUAUGAAAAGUUGGAAAGGAAAAUAAAAUCAUAUUCAAUACAA